AUGCUCACCAAGUUCUACUCUUCACAGAUCUUAGGAAACGAUUUGAGCGCGAUUCAGCCGUCUUGGGUUCCACCAAACGUCAAGUUCGAGAUUGACGACGUUGAAAGCUCCUGGGUAAACGAGCAGAAAUUCGACUUCAUCUUUUGUCGAUACAUGGCCGGAUCUAUUGUCGAUUGGCCCAAGCUCAUGAAACAAGUCUACGCAAACCUCAAGCCCGGAGGCUGGGUUGAGUUCCAAGACUACGACAUCAACUAUGUCUCGGAAGAUGGAACACUGACUGAAGAGCACCAUACCGACCGAUGGAGUAAACUCUUGAUCGACGCCUGCAGAAAGAUCGGUCGUGAUCCCUGCAUCGGACCGCUGCUCGAAGGUUGGGUCAAGGACACAGGAUUUGUCGAUAUUGUCCAUCAGAAGUUCAAGAUGCCCAUCGGACCGUGGGCCAAAGAUCCUCACUACAAAGAAAUUGGCAUGAUGAAUCUCAUUCAGCUAAUGGAUGGCUUGGAAGCAUUCAGUCUGAGGACAUUCUGUGGCGUCCAUGGAUGGACCAGAGAGGAGGUCUUGGUACUGCUGGCCGAGGUGCGCAAGGAGCUGAAGGCUGGUAGCUUCCAUGCCCAUACUGCGAUCCACGUGGUUUAUGCACAAAAGCCUGAAGAAGAGGAGGAGGCCUCGUGA